UGAUGAAGAAAUCAGACCAAGGAUAAUCUCAGGCUGGUAGUUGUGGUUUCACAAUUAUUUGUAAGCAGCUAUCGGUCUUCUCGCAGAAGGGACCUGCAUUGUUGCAUCAAAUUAUUAAAGAUUGUCAGUUUCUGAAAUGGAUACUGCAAAAAUGAAAGGAGCAAAGAGUGUUGGCAGCGAUCUGUCAGAGCAGAUAAAAGAGGUGACCAAAGACAGCCAUGUACGUGCUGAGAACACCCAGCUAAUGCUCAACUACCAGAAAGGACAGAUCACUCUACCGCAGUACAAGAUUCUUCUGUGCUCCCUGUACAAGAUCUACCAAGCGCUGGAAGAGGAACUGGACAGGAACUCGGCCCAUCCAGCUGUGGAGCCCAUCUACUUUCCUCAGGAGUUAGCCAGAUUGGAGCCCCUUGAGAGAGAUCUUGAAUAUUUCUUUGGGCCACAGUGGAGAAAGAGAGUCACAGUACCUGCUGCAACACACAGAUACACAGAGAGGCUCCGAGAGAUUGGCAGGAGCAGUCCUAAUCUCCUCGUAGCUCAUGCUUACACCCGUUACCUUGGUGACUUGUCAGGAGGUCAGGUCCUAGGAAAAAUUACCCAGAGGUCCAUGGGACUUAACGGCAAGGAGGGUGUGGAAUUCUUCUCAUUCCCUGGCGUGACAAGCCCUCAUCGCUUUAAGCAGCUGUACAGGAGCAGAAUGAACAGCAUUGAGCUGAGUGAGGAAGAGCGCAGGAAAGUUCUGGACGAAGCUGUCAGGGCCUUCGAAUUUAACAUUGAGGUUUUUGAUGACCUUCAAAAAAUAUUAAGCAUCACAGAUGCUACUUUGGGUGGCAGUGGAACGCAAAACGGAUCCACCACAACACCAGCCAUUUCGAGCUCUCCAGUUAUUCAGUAUACAUUAGGACUGUGUGUUGUACUGGCAACUGUUGGAAUGGGCGUCUAUGCUGCUUUUUAAAUGUUAUACAGAAUAUAUAAGAAACUGUUUACUUUGAAUCAAUGAUAAAUAACUGAUUAGAAACUAAAGCUGCUUGAAAUACAGGACUGAGCCACUGCGAUUAUGAAAAAGCACGAAAAUGACAUUUCUGACCAGUUUUCAAUUCGUAAUUCAAAAACAAGGUGAGCUCACUGAAAUUCAUUCAAGUUAUUUUUUUUGCAAUGCAAGAUUUAAGCGAUUCUGGAAAUAUUUGACUAAUAAAUUCACUUCCUGUAUACAUUU